AUGGGGCGUGCAUGGGGCGUUCAACCUACCCUGGGCGUUUUACACGGUUCUCCCUUAAGUGGAGUCGUGAUGCUAUGCUUGUGAAGAAUUUGUUGGUACAUGCACUUGUAUUCUCAUUGAUUUAGAGCAUUAAACCUUGAAACACAGUAUUUUUUUUAAACGCUUUUUUGUCUUUUUUUUUCUUGAACCGCUUAUUCAAUCAGCUCUAAAACUGUCAAAUUUAUUAGCUUGAUAGUAGCCAUUAGUUCUAUGUCUUCUAGCACCUGCAACAUUCUCAUUUCCCUAAUGAGUAACACCAAAAUAGUGAGGUGGAGGACGGAGGGGUGUGCUGCGUAAUCUCUGCCAAAGCACUGGUGCGACUGGACAAGCGGAAGGACCGUGUUGAGAUCUCGUCGCACCAGUUGAUGUCAGGGGCGACGGAGGCGGAGCGACUGGCGGUUGAGCUGCGUCGCACGGUGCGCGUGGUCGGCUGGUACCACUCGCACCCGCACAUCACCGUGUGGCCGUCUGCUGUGGAUAUCGAUACACAGCACGCCUACCAGAUGAUGGACGAUGGCUUCGCAGGCCUCAUAUUCUCUGUAUUUCCCAAAGACCAGAGUGCUGGCGUGCAGGCGGCCUGCUUUCAGUCAGUGGCAGAUGGAACUGGAGCGCUGAAACGAAAAGAUGUGCCCGUCUGCGUAGAGCCGUCCCGCACGAUCGCACCCCAUUGUCUGCGCGCGCUCUCAGGACUGCCUGAGGCUCUCCGCGAGGAGGAAGUGGCUAGCUACGAUGCAGUUCGGCCCGCCUCUAAUAGCGAUCAGCUUACAGAGAUGCACAACCAGGCUGUACUGGUCAGCAACAUCACCCAGCAGCUGGGCUUGCUGACGAUGCCGCUGCUGCAAAUGAUGGAGAACAGGCUGGAGCGCAAUCAGCGUCAGCUGCGGCGACUGUUGGCCGAGCGUGACUCGCUGGCCGAGCGGCUCGGCAGUGCUGCCGUCAAACGCGAGCCGAGAAAAGCAGACGUGGACAGCGGUGCCGAAACCGAUUUGCGUCUGUCAGACGACGAGACCGGCGGCGCCGCCCACAGUCCCUCCUCGGAGGACACCGUCUACCUGCAGUCCGCAGCUGAGCGAGAACUGGGCGUGUCGUCCACGCGCCGUCCGCUGAAGGUCGAAUCGGACUCUGACUCAGACUCGACUGUCAGUCUGGAGCUGGCCCGCUCCCGCCGCCAGCCACGGGUUAAACGAGAACGGGACUCGGACACGGAAGAGCUGCCGACCGAGUCGGAGGGAGGCCGGCUGCGGCGGAGGCUUACGGUCGUGAAGGAGGAGCCGGACUUGUAAGGUGGGUAUCAGGUUUGUGUUGUCCGAGCAUCGACGAUACACAGCGAAGGACCAGUGAUGCCUUAUGGCGAGUGAGGAUGGACGAGUAACGUGUGAGUCGAUCGGGAAGGUGGUUGAUCAGGGAGCUGUCUGCUGCGAAGCAGGAACGUGAUUGAUGUACACGAGACUCAGACAGAGAGCAAAGCUGAGUGGCAGUCGCGGAAUUUGUGUCUGGGCCCAGGGGUGGUGAUCGUUGUGACUAGGGCAGACAUUCGUAAGGCAACAGAAGAUGUCGUUAUGAAAGAAACGACGGGCGUCGCUUACCCAGCUGCUCAAUUUGCUGUGAUAUUAAUAUGUGUUCAGUAACUUGUACUUUGUAUGCAAAUGCAUCCUGUUCAACCGCGCCUUUCGCGUCAUCACAAUACAGUUUUUGUGAAGUAUA